CAUGGCUAUCUUUUUAACCGGGGACCCUUUGAUGUUGACAUGUGUAAUUGCUUUGAGAUGGAUCCAUGGUUACUCACACGAACACAUUUUCCUUUUCUAUUUUUUUUUUCUUUUUUAUAAAAAAAAACCCUUGAUAGACAAGACAAAUAAAUAAACAAACACCCCAUUUUUUUUUUUAAAAAAAAUAAAAUAAAAAAUUUAAACAAUAAAAUAUCAAUCAACCCAAAAACUAAUUAUUUACACCUUCCUUCCAAUUACCCCAUUUCACACCCAAUUUUAUUUUUUAAAAUUUAGUUUUUUUAAGAUUUAUUUAUUUUUAAUUAAUUUUUUAACAGAUGAGAGAGAAAAUGAAGGAGUUGCAAGAACAAAUUUGUAGAGAGGGAGUAUCACAUGGCAUGUGAGCAACAGCUGUUACCUCCACUCCUCCCCAAGUCUUCUUCUUCUCUCUCCUCUCUUAAUAUAUACUCUUCUCUUCUUUCUUAAUCCAGUCUUUUACCUCUCUUCUUUCUCUCUCCUCCCCUGUUUCUCUCUCAAGCUCUCAUCUUUCUCAUCAAUGGCGGACUCUGAAACCCUAACAAAUUAAUACCCUCUUCCUAUUUCUCCUUCAUGAUUCAGUGAACCAAUCCCCAGAAAAAAUGAACCUUCUUUACACCUUCUUACUACUCUUUCUCUCUCCUCCCCUGUUUUCCCCUGUUUUUUGUGCUAAAACUAGUGAUUCCCAGAAAUUAAUGAGCUUCAAAUCUUCUCUUCUUGACCCGAAUACCCUCAAAAACUGGGUUGAAAACUCCGACCCGUGUCACUUCACUGGUGUUUUCUGCAACAAUUCAAGAGUUACUUCUUUGGAUCUCACUUCACUUUCUCUUUCUACUGAUAUUUCCUCUGUUUCAACUCAUCUUUUUUCCAUUGAACUUCUUACCUCACUUUCUCUUUCUUCCUGUAAUAUUUCUGGUUCUUUUGAGCAAAUUUCUGUCUGUUCAGCUUCUCUCUUAGAAAUUGACCUAUCUCACAACUCUAUUUCUGGAUCUUUCUUUGAUUUAGCUAGGUUAUCUUCAUGUUCUUCUCUUUCUUCUUUUAACAUCUCCUUCAAUCUUCUAGAUUCUUCUAGAGAUUUCAAGGGUUCUUCACCUCCUCGUUUUGGGUUACCCCUAAAAAGUUUGGAUGUUUCUGGGAAUCACUUAUCUGGGGACCAAGUUCUUCCAUGGGUGGUCUCUCAAAGUUGUGAGAAGCUUACUUACUUUGCUAUAAAAGGGAAUAAUCUAAAUGGGAGUUUUUCACUUUCAAAAUGCUCAAAUUUGGAGUAUUUGGAUAUUUCAUCAAAUAAUAUCUCAGCCCCAUUUCCUAAUUUUGGGAAAGAUUCUCCUAAUUUGAAGCAUAUUGACAUAUCUUCCAAUAAAUUUGCUGGAAAAAUAGAGGGAAAUGCACUAAUUGGGUGUAAUAAUUUGAAGUUUUUGAAUAUAUCAAGUAAUUUGUUAACUGGUGGGUUUCCCUCAUUUCCUUCAUCUUCAAGCUUGGAGUUUGUUUAUUUGGGGAGUAAUCAAUUUCAAGGGGUGAUUUCUGAGAGUUUUGCUGAUGAUUUCUGCUCAAAUUUGGUGGAAUUUGAUGUCUCCUUCAAUAAUUAUACUGGUAUGAUCCCCACUGGCUUUGAAUCUUGCAAAAUGUUGGAAAUUUUUGAUAUUUCUAACAACAAUUUCACUGGGGAUUUGCCUGCUGAUUUGUUGUUAAAAAUGGGGAAUUUGAAGAAAUUAAACCUAGCUUUUAACAAUUUUGUGGGUGUUUUGCCUGAUUCCUUUUCUGUUCUUGCUAGUUUAGAAUCAUUGGAUUUGAGCUCAAACAAAAUUUCUGGGAAAAUCCCAUCUGGGAUUUGUGAAAACCCUAGUAAAUUGAAAGAACUUUAUCUCCAAAAUAAUAUGCUCACUGGUCCAAUUCCUCCUACUAUUGGUAAUUGUUCUCAGCUAGUUUCACUUGAUCUUAGUUUCAAUUACCUCAAUGGGAGAAUCCCAUCUAGUUUGGGCUUACUUACACAGUUGAAAGACUUGAUUAUGUGGAUGAAUAAGCUUCAAGGGGAUAUUCCUACUGAGCUUCAGCACAUUCCAACACUCGAAAAUCUGAUUUUAGACUACAAUGAGUUGACUGGUACUAUCCCUUCUGGAUUGAUGAACUGCACAAACUUGAACUGGAUUUCGCUUUCGAGUAAUAGGUUGAGUGGAACUAUACCAUCUUGGAUUGGUAGGUUGAAGAAUUUGGCUAUCCUUAAGCUCUCUAACAACUCAUUCUACGGCGAAGUCCCACCCGAGUUGGGGGAAUGCAAGAGCCUGUUGUGGUUGGAUUUAAAUAGCAAUAUGUUGAAUGGGAGUAUUCCUCCUGCUAUAGCCAAACAGUCAGGAAAGAUGGCUAUUGGACUAGUUGUUGGGAAGAAGUAUGUGUACCUGAGGAACUAUGGAGGUAAAGGGUGUCAUGGCACGGGUAAUUUGCUCGAAUUUGCCGGGAUUAGGUCUGAUGCUGUUCUUAGAAUCCCUACAAUGUGCAAAUUUCAGCAAGUCUACCAAGGUCAUACUCAGCCUAAUUUUAACUACAAUGGCUCUAUGAUUUUCCUUGACUUGUCUUACAACAAUCUCCAAGGUGGCAUCCCUAAGGAGCUCGGCACAAUGUUCUAUCUGUCGAUUUUGAAUUUGGGUCAUAACAAUCUCUCUGGUCCAAUUCCUGAAGAUCUUUCAGGGAUGAAAAACAUCGGCGUUAUGGAUCUUUCUCACAACCAUCUCUCAGGGUCCAUUCCUUCGUCUUUGGGUGGUCUUUCAUUCUUGACCGAGAUUGAUUUGUCCAACAAUGAGCUCUCCGGUAUGAUUCCUGAAUCAGCGCAGUUUGAAACUUUCCCGGCUUCUAGAUUCUUCAAUAACACCGGCCUCUGCGGGUAUCCCCUGCCAGCAUGUGAUAGAAACUCGGAUGCAAAUUCUUCUAAUCAUAAAAAGCAUGGGAGACAGGCUUCUCUUGCUGGAAGUGUGGCAAUGGGGUUGCUGUUCUCUUUAUUCUGUAUAUUUGGGGUGAUCAUUGUUGGCAUUGAGGUGAAGAAGAGGAGGAAGAAGAAGGAAUCUUUACAGGAUAUCUACAUGGAUGGUAACUCACAGACGGGCAACAACACCGCGUCUGCCUGGAAAUUCACCAGUAAUCGCGAGGCAUUGAGCAUCAACCUUGCAACAUUCGAGAAGCCUCUUCGGAAGCUUACUUUUGCUGAUCUUCUAGAAGCCACAAAUGGGUUUCAUGAUGACAGUAUGAUAGGCAAAGGUGGGUUUGGUGAUGUCUAUAAAGCUCAGCUCAAGGAUGGCAGUGUUGUUGCUAUCAAGAAGCUGAUACAAAUCAGUGGGCAGGGUGACCGAGAGUUCACUGCUGAAAUGGAAACUAUCGGGAAGAUCAAACACCGCAACCUUGUGCCUCUCUUGGGUUACUGCAAAGUCGGGGAAGAGCGGUUGUUGGUGUACGAAUACAUGAAAUAUGGGUCCCUUGAAGAUGUCCUACAUGAUCGAAGGAAGGCCGGGAUCAAGCUAAAUUGGGUUGCAAGGAGGAAAAUCGCGAUAGGGGCAGCUCGAGGGUUAGCUUUCCUUCAUCAUAAUUGCAUCCCCCACAUUAUUCACCGCGACAUGAAAUCUAGUAAUGUUUUGCUGGAUGAAAACUUGGAGGCAAGGGUAUCUGAUUUCGGGAUGGCCAGACUUAUGAGUGCAAUGGACACUCAUUUGAGUGUGAGCACAUUGGCUGGUACCCCGGGUUAUGUUCCACCCGAGUACUACCAAAGCUUCAGAUGUUCAACCAAGGGGGAUGUAUAUAGUUAUGGUGUGGUGUUACUUGAGCUACUAACAGGGAAGCAACCUACAGAUUCACCUGAUUUUGGUGACAAUAAUCUUGUUGGUUGGGUAAAAAUGCACGCAAAAUUGAAAAUAAGCGAUGUAUUUGAUCCCGAGCUAACAAAAGAGGAUCCGAAUUUAGAAAUCGAACUCUUGGAGCAUCUAAAAGUCGCGUGUGCUUGCUUGGAUGACCGACCGUGGAAACGGCCUACAAUGAUUCAAGUCAUGGCAAUGUUCAAGGAAAUUCAAGCAGGUUCAGGUUUCGACUCAGGAUCUACAAUUACAGGAGACGACGGAAGUUUUACUACCAUGGGCGGGAGUUUUAGCACCACAGUCGAUAUCCUAGAUAUGAGCAUAAAAGAAGUCCCAGAAGGAAACUUCAAAUAACAUCUCCUAAAAUUUUCGAAUUCGCCGGAACAUGAAGGUGGUAGUGUUGAAGCUCCACAAAAUUUUCCUCUAUACCACCACCAUGGAAUGGUAUAAACCAAAAUUUUCACUGUAUGUUGUAACCAUUAAUGUAUGUAUAAUCAAAGAAUCCUUUUUUUUUUUUUUUUUUUUUUUUUUCAUUUUAUACAUAGGUGGUUAUUAUUAACCUCCUUUUUUUUUACCUUCUUUUUUGAGGUCACUUUGUAGUUUGUACAUAAUGUAUUAGAAGAACCUCUAGUAGGUUUUUUUUUUUUUUUUCUUAAAAUGUUGUUAAAAAUGUUGCUAGAAUGCUAGUAGAUCCGUGACCUCAGUUUGAUAGUGACCAAGUGUAGCAGGCUAUUUUGGCCAUUUUCUUAAGAAGCACUUGAUUUGUUUUUAUA